CGAGGUAUGAAGAUGGUUCUGAACUUUAUAAUCAACGACAUGUUUAUGAUCAAGUGUGUGAUAAACCUGGAGAGUGUGUUAAAUAGUUUCGUAAUUGUUAUACUGCAAUGUUUAAGUGCUGUCUACUAGAAUUAUACGUAUAUAGAAAAUUUAACAGCACACCCGUAUUCUAGCAUUCAUUGCUACCUAGUGAAAGCUCUCUGACGUCAUAGGACCUUAACUCUAGUGGAACACCGGCAUUUUGAGCGGAAGAAGGUUGGCUCGCGAAUUAGUUAAAAAUGGCGUCGGAUCUGCAAAAUAAGAAUAGAAUGCAAGUUUUCAAGAACAAAGGAAAGGAUCAGGACGAAAUGAGAAGGCGGAGAAAUGAAGUCACAGUUGAGCUCAGAAAGAACAAGAGAGAAGAGACAUUGCAGAAACGAAGGAAUGUUCCAGUAGCGGACUCUACAGAUGAAGAUGACUUCGAUAGAAAUCUUGCCUCCACCAACCUGGAACAACUAGUUGCCAAUGCAGGUAGUGACGAUCGUGCUGUCCAGCUGAACGCCGUCCAGUCGGCUCGAAAACUCCUGUCCUCAGACCGCAAUCCCCCCAUCGAUGCCCUCAUGGAAAGCGGAAUACUGCCAAUACUGGUUCGCUGUCUUGAUUACCAUGACAGUCCAGUUCUUCAGUUUGAAGCAGCGUGGGCACUGACAAAUAUUGCAAGUGGAACAUCAGCACAGACACAGGCAGUAGUAGGAGCUGGGGCAGUGCCCCUCUUCCUGUCUCUUCUCCUCUCAAACCACCAGAAUGUGUGUGAGCAGGCUGUCUGGGCUUUAGGAAACAUAAUUGGGGAUGGCCCCCAGCUUCGGGACUAUGUAAUUAGUUUGGGUGUGGUCCGUCCUUUGCUCACAUUUAUCAAGCCUGAGAUCCCCGUCAGCUUCCUGAGGAAUGUAACGUGGGUGAUAGUGAAUCUGUGUAGAAACAAAGACCCACCACCACCUGUACAGACCAUUAGGGAGAUCCUGCCAGCUCUGAACCUGCUGAUCCAUCACACCGACAUCAAUAUAUUAGUUGACACUGUGUGGGCACUGAGUUACCUGACAGAUGGUGGCAACGAGCAGAUUCAGAUGGUGAUUGAUAGUGGAGUUGUUCCAAAGUUAAUUCCAUUGCUGUCACACAAAGAGGUUAAGGUUCAGACUGCUGCUCUGAGAGCAGUUGGCAACAUUGUGACAGGGACUGAUGAGCAGACACAGGUUGUACUGAACUGUGAUGCAUUGUCUCACUUCCCUGCACUGCUCACACAUCAGAAAGAGAAGAUAUGUAAGGAGGCUGUUUGGUUUUUGUCGAACAUCACUGCAGGUAACCAGCUGCAGGUUCAGGCUGUCAUUGAUGCAGAAUUAUUGCCAAAAAUUAUAAGGAACCUUUGUAAAGGUGAGUUUCAGACACAGAAGGAGGCAGCAUGGGCAAUCAGCAACUUAACCAUCAGUGGGAACAGGGAGCAAGUAGCACGGCUGAUCCAAGAGGGUGUGAUCCCACCAUUCUGCAAUUUGCUGAACUGCAAGGACACUCAGGUGAUCCAGGUGGUGUUGGAUGGCAUUAACAACAUGCUCAAGAUGGCAGGCCCUCAGGUCGAGCAACUUGCAAAUAUGAUCGAGGAAUGUGGAGGGCUUGAUAAAAUUGAAAUUCUUCAGAAUCAUGAAAAUGUGGAAAUCUACAAACUGGCCUAUGAGAUUAUUGAACAAUACUUCUCUGAAGAUGUUGAAGAUGUCCCCACUUUGGUUCCCCAGUCUUCUGAUGCCGGCUUCCAGUUUGAUCCCAACACCAGCAUACCAAGUGAGGGCUUCAAAUUCUGACUGCGUGACCGUGCAACCAUUGGUCAUUUAUAGGAGUGGCCAGCGUAUACCAAUCAAGUGCUGUGACUAAGUGGUUGUAUGAUACUGUGAGAAGAUCUGACAAGCAGUUAAUUGUGUUGCCCCAAGAUUCAUAACAGAUGAGGAACAUAGAGGUACAACUUCUUUUAGAAAGGUGUGUUAUAAAUAGUCAGUGGUCUUGCUUGGAAAAUGCUGUAUGUACCCUACAUAUAUCAAUUUUAAUGUCCAUCCAGUAAAGAAGCAAGUUUGUUUUAAUUUAUAUGUUGAGUAUUAUGAGCUUUUUGUGCCUAAGUAAUACAUUGACAAACUCUGAGCAUUACAAGUAGGGAGGGUAAGGGUACUUACGCCUCAGUCUCGACCUUGUUGAUGCAGCAGCUCAUUAGCCUCCAGAAUGAUUAUGUUAAUUCCCUUGUAUAUAAUGAAAUGUACUAGGUAACGUGUUCAGACCAUUUUUCAGGCUGAAAGCAUGUCAUAACAUGACAUUAAUUUUCUUAAAAAUAAAGCAUAAACUUAAGGGGCUAUGCCAUUGAACAUUUUUCCAGUCACUAGUUAGACAGUGAUUAUUCAAUUAUGGUUACUACUUUCUCCCAUUUGACCCAAGCAAGAUGUACUUAUUAAUAAUACGUUUUCAUCAGCCGUCAUGUUCUUAUUUGAUACAUAAAAAUGCUGCGUAUUAGGGUAAACUUGUGGUUAACUAUUAUCUUUAUUUAACUGUUUAUUUACUAAUGGCUUUUAAUCGUGCAUAACACUUGGAUGUUACAGCGUUUGGUGAUAUUAUGUACAGACUAUAGAGCAAUAAGCAUCAACUAUUUAAUAGCUCUAUUCAUACGGAAUUCUCAUCAGAUGACAUCGUUUGUGACUUUUUGACUAAGGCCAUGUCAAUCGGUCCUUUGUGACUUAGUUUGAUUGUAGAUAUAGCAAAUUCUCCAUAAGAAUAAUGAAAACAAAGACUUCACAUCA